UCUUAUGACAAUGUCGAUCGAACGUUAGGUGUGCAAGUUUGACGCUGAUGGCAAUAAGGAAUGUCUUACUCGUGUCUCUCUCAUUAUCUGUAUCAUAUGCUUCAUACUUACCUAAUUUACGCCCAAACAAUCAGUAUCGUUAAUCUUUCCUUUUUUUAAGAAUCGAUCGAAGAGCCUACUAAAUUUAUUAAGCUGGUUUCACAUCGAGAGCGUUUUGCGAGCGUUUUUUGACGCAAGUGGUCAAAACCCGUUUGUAUCAAACCAAAAUAUAGGCAAGUGUUCACACGCGAAAAUCGCAACUUUUUUUAGGAGCUUCUCAUUGAGCUUAAAGUAAGUGUUUUUUUUAAUCUGUGGAAAUCCCCCGGUUUGUGGCGUUUUCUGAAUCAUCUGUAGGCGGCUACGAAACAAUCCAGCGUUGCUCUUGAAUUUUGCUAUUGUUUUGGCAUGAAUGGUUUCAAGUCACAGUAGUUAUUCCAUUUGUGAGUAGAUUAAACUAUUUUUGAUCAUUCGAUAAGCUGCUGGUAUCGAGAUGUUGGUUUUUUUCGUGUGAUUUCGAUCGACCUGCGUACAAUCUCGGUGUGAGCAGCGAGUUUAAGCUUUUGCGUCAAAAAACGCCAACUCUGGCGUAUUGAAAAACGCGCUCGAUGUGAAACCACCUUUGGACAUAUUAGUUUCAGUUAUAAUGUGGCAAUGGUGUAAGGGAACGAUCAAGUUUAAAAUUACUUUUAUGUUGUAACAUGACACUUAUACAAAAUUUUAACUUUUCUAAAAUGCCAAACCUAAAAAAUGUUUGAUUAUUCAAAAAGAAUGAUUGCGUCCGUUUUUGCCACGCUCAUGAAAACUCGUUUUCCCAAUAAUGUCUCGAGUGUAGAAUGCUACACUGAAUCAGAUCCAUCAAUGAAUCAAACUUUAUUCAAUGUGAAAGUUUGUGGUGAAACAGAGCAUAAUUGUUGCGUUAGUUGUUGAAUGCUGGCAUCCAACAUCCGCCGUUUAAUUUAGAAAUAUAACUUACACGCAUACUUUCGAAUGUUACAUGAAUGGUAUUGCUAGCUAAAGCUUGAGUGAAGUUUGUUAGUGAGGUUUGAACAAAGGUGUUAAAAAUCAAAAGUCCAAAUGUUGAAGCAGGUUUACAGAAACUCGUCAAGAAUGCCUGGAAGGAAGCUGUAAUUCACAAUGCAAUGCUAAAAAACAAUGUUGUUAAUCUGCGCCAGCGUCAGCCUAAGAACAUUAGCUAACCCUGUUUUUUAAUCUUUUUUGUUGUAAAAAUCUAUAAGGUAACCCGUGCGCGUAUGAAUGCAGCUGGUUUGAAAAUCAAAUCGAAUCGUGCAAUAGCGAAAAAUGUAUCAACUUUGUUAUGUCUGACGAUGGAUAUUUUCAAUUUUAGAAUAUGUUUUUAAUAAUAUUAUGUUUAAUAUUCAGUGUAUUGCCUAUUAUUAUUCGACUGAUUUUUAUUCGUUCUCGUGCGAUACAAAGUUUAUUAAUUCUUCACUGCAAUCCCUGUCACCCUUUUUUUAAACUACAUAUUUUCUAUCGUUUUUACUUUUCACUAAUUCGAAAAUUCAGUUAAUUUAUGCCUUUACUAGCUUAAAGAGAUUUUGGUUUAUACUCAUUCGUUUCUGUUUGUCAUGCGUUGUUGGGUGAAUUUUUAUGAGUCCAUCGUAAAGUUAGUUGGAUACAAACAACAAUCUGGAUAAUACUGUCACGUUCGUCCACAGGGACAAUAAAAUGGGGGAGUAACUUAGUUUGUAUAUUUCGUACAAUCCAUAUUAUCAAUUAUCUUUGUUAUAUGUGUGCAGUAAACAUGUGCAAAUGUUUUGCACUUAGGAUUGAAAAGUAAACUUUUAACAAUAGUAAAAACAAACGAUUUUAAUAAAAAGAGAAAAUAUAGAAUCCCAAA